AACUAGCAAGUGCUCUUCUCACAGAAAAGCAAAUGGCUGUCUCUUUCUCUCUCCUGCCCGUCCUGCCCGCUUUCUCCCUUUCACAUUUCAAUCCUGCCCGUCCUGCCCGUUGUUGAAAUAAAAAACUCUUUCACAUGCAAAUGCUAAUUCAAUCUCUCUCUUUCCCACAUACAUCCUCUUUGGACUCAAUUUCCUCAACUGGGUUGUCUUUGUUUUAGUCAUUAGUUUCAUCCUUUUUGUUAUUUUCACUAAUACUAUGAUGUUUUUGUUCUUUUGAGGACGUUUCUAAAUUUCACUUCCUUGUAAGAUUUCUUGAAGUGGGUCUUUUCUAUUUUUGUCUAAUUUUAUAAUUCUGUUCUAAAGUUUGAAACUUUGUGGUGAAUUUUGAAUAUGUAAAAAAAUUUGAGUGUUUUUGGAAGAUGGGGUUUAGGAAUAAUGCAAUUCAAGCAGGUAGUUUGGAUGUAGGGAAGAAGUCAAAGGGAAAGAUGAAGAAGGAUGGUGGUGAUGAUGAGAAGGAAAUUGGGUGUUGUGUUAAAUUUAAUUGCUUUGGAAAGUGUAUACCUUCAAAAUCAAAAGUUGAUUCUUCCAAAAGUGGCACCACAAGUGCUUAUAGUGGGGAUAAAACAUCUGCAUAUGAGAGAAGCAAAGGGGAAAGGAGUGCUCCUCCGGGAUCGUCGACAACUAGUAAUGCAGAAAGUAUCCCUUCUACUCCGAAGUUUAGUGAGGAGUUGAAGUUUUCUUCUGAUUUGAGAAAAUUCACAUUCAUUGAGCUAAAGAUGGCAACGAGGAAUUUUCGACCCGAGAGUCUUCUUGGUGAGGGGGGAUUUGGUUGUGUCUUCAAAGGUUGGAUUGAAGAGAACGGAACUGCACCUGUGAAACCAGGUACUGGACUUACCGUCGCGGUCAAGACCCUCAACCAUGAUGGACUUCAGGGUCACAAAGAGUGGCUUGCUGAGUUAAACAUUCUUGGUGAUAUUGUUCACCCAAAUCUUGUUAAAUUGAUUGGUUUUUGUAUCGAAGAUGAUCAAAGAUUAUUGGUUUAUCAAUUUAUGCCCCGAGGAAGUUUGGAGAACCACCUCUUCAGAAAAGGGUCCUUGCCUCUUCCGUGGGCGAUUAGAAUGAAAAUUGCACUCGGUGCAGCAAAAGGACUUCAUUUUCUCCAUGAAGGAGCUCAAAGGCCUAUAAUCUAUCGCGAUUUCAAGACAUCUAAUAUUCUAUUAGAUGCGGAAUAUAAUGCAAAGCUCUCUGAUUUUGGACUCGCCAAAGACGGUCCCCAAGGUGAAAAUACACAUAUAUCAACAAGAGUUAUGGGAACAUAUGGUUACGCCGCUCCGGAGUAUGUAAUGACCGGUCAUUUGACAUCAAAAAGCGACGUCUAUAGUUUUGGCGUAGUGCUACUUGAAAUGCUCACCGGCCGACGAGCUGUUGAUAAGAAUAGACCGAACGGGGAACACAACCUUGUCGAAUGGGCGAGACCUGUACUAGGAGAACGAAGAUUAUUAUUCCAGAUAAUUGAUCCUCGUCUCGAAGGUCACUUCUCAAUCAAAGGAGCACAGAAAGCCGCCCAACUAGCCGCCCAAUGCCUUAGCCGUGACCCAAAACUCCGACCUAUGAUGAGUGAAGUUGUUCAUGCUCUAAAGCCUCUUCAAAAUCUCAAAGACAUGGCUAUCACGUCGUAUCACUUUCAAGUCGUGCGAGUAGAUCGUACAAUGUCGAUGCCAAAAAACGGUACGCAAACACAGUUAACAUCUUCAUCGAAGAAGGGUCAUCAACCUAUGAGGAUAUUGUCGAGUCCAAACGGUCAAAACGGUUCUCCGUAUCGUCAUUAUAUCAAGUCGCCUAAACCUAAUGGAUAGGAAUUGUGAUUUUCGCUCGAUAAUUCGAUUCUCUAUUCAUUUGAUUUACAGAAAGUGCUUGUGUUUUGACAAUUGGUUGUGAAUUUGUUAUACAUUUUCCACCUUUUCAGAA